AUGGCUCUAACCGCAACUCAAUUCACACUCUUGUGUGUGAUCGGUAUCAUCUUACUAGCACGACCAGCUCACGCUUUUGGUGCUGGAAAUAUUGGUUCGACCUCAAAGAUUGAGGGUGAGAACUGGCGACAUGGCGAUCUUGAGGACAUUCUUCUUACGCUCGUGGCCUCCAAGGCUAUGGGCGGAAAGAAGUUCUCCAAACUUGACGUAAAGAGAGUCUAUUUUGGCAAUUGGCUUCGUGACUAUUCCCAAGCUGUCGACGUUGGUACUGUCAAGAAUGUCAGCGCUGAAGCGAUUCGUAUCGUUCUCUGGAUCCUUGGCUUUAUGUCAUUCGGGUAUGGAACUAAGGAAUUCGAAGUCACCACAGAACGACUUGGCUGCUACCGACCAGAAGAGCAUAUCGACAACCCAAAAGACUAUGCCGAUAAUGAAGAUGCUCGAGACUAUGAUCCUCGCCUUCGAGGCCCUAUAGACGAGCGAAGAGAACUUGCUAUCGACCCUGAGCUUGGCUUGAAAGCAUACAUCGCCUCUGAGAAUCUUGGCAUCGACACAUCCGCUGGUCUGGUUCGAAAGCUCUUCGGUCGAUGCAUCGAAUUAGGACGAAUGUAUGGUCGGAACAAGAACAAGGCCGAUCUACACGAAGCUCUUCGAUUGCUUGGUACUGGUUGCCAUUGUCUCGAGGACUUUUCAGCUCACUCCAACUUUGUCGAACUUGCUCUCAUCGAACUCGGCGAACGCGACGUCUUUCCUCACGUCGGUCGAAACUGCGCUGUUCGUCUUCGAGGUGCUCGCUCACCAGUCUAUCCUCUUGUCACUGGCACUUUCGGUGGUGUCGACUUCCUGCAUUCUGUCACGGGUGAAUUCGACGAUAAGGUCACUCAAUCCGAAAUCCAAGAACUACAAGGCACUCUUCAGAACGCUCAAAGUCAAGGCGGGGAUACAAGUGCACUGCAAGACCUUCUCAAUAAGCUUCCAGAUGGUGUCUUCGGUGGCAAGGACGAGGCGGGCAAAGCAGACGAACUCAAGAUGAAUGCUGCCCAGAACCAGAUGCAGCAAACUCGUGUGACUCCUCGCCAGCCAGAAGAAUGGCUUCAGUAUAUCCAAGAAGCUCAACGACAAAUCUAUCCUAUCAUCGAAUGGCAUGAUGAGAUACCUAUCAUUCCCGAUAUCAUCGAAGGCGUACAGGAGCAGGUCAAUAUGUUUGUCUUCAGCUUGAUCGCCCCUUUCAUGCUACCUAUUAUCAAUCAGAUCAAGAAUGAGCUCAACACAGGCUCCUCAACUAUCAUCCAAUCUAGUCUCGACAAGCAGCACAUCGUUUUCAGCGACGACGAUUCCUCAGACCCGACACAUUCCAUGCUGUCCAAAGACCACUUCAGCAAUGUCCUCAACGAGCCUGCUGGCAAGAUUGCUGGUCAGGUCUUGAAGUGGGUUGUCCCUCAGAUUGUCCAGGCUUGGGAUGACGAACGCAUCGACGUCAACCAAACGCUCAACCGUAUCAUCCGAGGCGUCUUCCAUCAUCCUGCUCUUCGACGAGUUGGCGAUGAUGGUGCUGCGGAUGGCCGAGCUCUCAUGUUCGGUAUCGUCGAACGAUGGUGGUCUGAGAAGUCUGAGCGUGAGAAGGAUGGCCUGCGAGAUCAACUUAGCCGAGAUGGUGUCGAAGAGGGCCGAAAUCACAAGCCCGGUGUCAAGGAUCAUGGACAUGGCUCGGCCAAAAAGAUCGGCAUGCCCAAUGCUUUCACAAUUGAGCAUCCUGGUGCUCCUGGUGGACUUGGUAAUCUCGGCAGCGCCGGCUUUGUUGGCGUUCCUGGCGGUAAUCAGGCCACGCAACAAAUCGGGCAGUUUGCAGGUGAAGCUGUUGGAGGUGGUGCACUGGGCGAUAUCGUCGGCGGUCUGACUGGAGGUCUCGCUUCUGCUGUCAGUGCAGGUGUCAUGCAAGGCAUUAGUGGUGAAACUCCUCAAACAUAUGGCCGAAAUAAUCGUGGUGACGAAGAUCAAUACUCUGGUCGACCAACCUCAGGCAAUUAUGGCCAGCCUCAGUAUGGCCGGACAGACAACCGACAAGGAGGCUACAGUCAACAAUCUCCACGACGUGGCGGUGGAUACUCUGAGUCCCGGCAAGAACAGCAAUACAGUGGUGGAUAUGGUUCUGAAUCUAGGAGAUUCGACCCAUCUGAUACCAGCUCAUCUGGUCACCGAGUCUUCCAGUCGAGCAACGUCGAUAGAAACGAACACGGUGUACCUACCAACGUGGCACCAGGAUAUGGGUCUCAGCGCCUGCAGCAUGUACGAGACGAUGAUAACAACACGUCUUCAUAUGGACGCCGCCGCAACGACGACGAUGACAAUCAAGAACGCACUUCCUACGGUCGACGUCAGGGACGUGGUGACGACGAUGACGACAAUGUCCGAUCGUCUUAUGGUCGAAGAAACGAUGACGACGACGACAAUACUCGCUCAUCCUACGGUCGACGAACCGACGAAAGCGAAGGCUAUGGCCGAAGAACUGACACCGAAAGCCACAACCAAGGCGGCUACGGUCGACAGACAGAAUCAAGCGGCUAUGGCUCAACGCGUACGCGAAGAGACAACGACGACGAUGGCAACGAAACCUUUGGUUCAGGCAGCCACGGUGCACGAAGACAACAACCAGGAUCCACCGGCUACGGUCGUCGAGAAGAGUCUGGCUACGAGUCAAAUACUCGAUAUGGCCAACAGGACGAAAGCUACUCCUCCUCAGGCUUCGGUGGUGGUCGAAGUCGCACAGAUGAGUACGAUAGCAACAGUGGAAUCGGAGGUGGCUACGGUCGCUCAGAAGGCUACGGCACUCAGCGAUCAGAAGGUUAUAGUGGUCGAGAAGAUCGCUCAGAGCAAUACGGCGGACGAUCUGGCGGAUACGGUGAAAGUGAAAGCUAUGGCCAGAGCGGAGGAUACGGCGGAAGACGCAGAGGUGGUGACGACGACGAUGACAAUGAAAGAAUUCAUCCUGGUGGCUUUCCGCAAGAUGAUGACGACGAUAAUGAGAGACGAGGAUAUGGUGGAAACCAGUAUGGACGGCAGGAGGGAUAUGGUUCUCGACGAAGGGAUUAUGACGAUUAG